AUGUCCAAAUUCGCUGUACGUGUUGAUGCGGCAGUGUCUGCUCUGGGCGGAGGAGCGGGAACAGGUUUAGAUGAAAACGACUUCAUAGAUGCAUCUCGUCUGGUAUAUGAUGCUGUGAGGGAGAUACGACGGGCUGUGCUCAUGAACAGGGAUGAAGAGGAUCUAGAUCCUGAGGAUAUAGCUCGUGAUGAGCAUACAAGCGACGAUUUGGACACUGACACGGAGUUUGAACCUGUCGAAGAUAUGACGAUGGAAACCAGGAGUAGAUCAAGUGCCCACACGGGAGAGCACGGAGUUGAUGAAUAUCCAGAUAUAAGUGGAAUAACAAACGCUAGAGAAGCGAUGCGUAAAAUGACUGAAGAAGAUAAAAGGAAGAUUCUCCAACAAGUCGAGUUGUUCAGACGAGAAAAGAUGACAUUCGACAAUGAAGUGGCUAAAUGGGAUGACGCUGGGAAUGAUAUUAUAAUGUUGGCGAAACACAUGUGUAUGAUCAUGCUUGAAAUGACAGACUUCACCAGAGGCCGCGGUCCGUUGAAGACUACAAUGGAUGUUAUAAACGCGGCGAAGAAGAUAUCAGAAGCUGGAACGAAACUGGACAAACUCACGAGAGAGAUAGCUGAACAGUGUCCGGAAUCGUCAACCAAACAGGAUCUGCUUGCGUAUCUUCAGCGUAUAGCGCUGUACUGUCACCAGAUACAGAUAACCAGCAAAGUGAAGGCUGACGUGCAGAAUAUAUCUGGAGAACUGAUCGUUAGUGGGUUGGACAGCGCCACGUCACUCAUACAAGCUGCUAAAAACCUCAUGAAUGCUGUCGUCCUAACAGUCAAAGCGUCAUACGUGGCAUCAACUAAAUACACGCGACAAGGAACUAUCGCUAACAAUUACUCACCCAUAGUUGUGUGGAGAAUGAAGGCUCCGGAGAAGAAGCCGCUAAUAAGACCGGAGAAACCGGAAGAAGUGCGUGCGAAAGUGAGGAGGGGAAGUCAGAAAAAACAACCAAGUCCAAUACACGCGCUCGCUGAGUUUCAGAGCCCUGCUGAGAGUGUGUGGUGA